AUGGCUAAACGAUCCGCAUCUGGAAUAGCACGUCGCGCAACUGUGUUUUCAUCCAAAGGAGGAUCGGUCGUCUCCGCGUCGCAAGACCAAACUGUGCGUGUCUGCGACAUCUCAGGUCUAAGGAAGAGCACCCCGAACUCGGCACCAGGCGGCACUUUCGAUACUUUCGACACCUUCUCGACCGUCAAGUACGUACUUGAAGGCCAUGACUGCGGUGUCAACUACGCGACGUUCCACCCUACCCUCCCUCUCAUCGUUUCUGCUGCGGACGACCGGCAAAUCAAGAUCUGGCGUAUGAGCGACACGAAGGCCUGGGAGGUCGACGCAUGCAGGGGACACUUCAACAAUGUGUCGACAGCGCUGUUCCAUCCCAAGCAUGAGCUCAUCGUGUCAUGCGGCGAAGACAAGACCGUACGGGUGUGGGACCUGACGAAACGAUCUGCCGUGCAGACAUUCCGACGGGAGAAUGAUCGCUUCUGGACCCUUGCUGCCCAUCCCGAGUUGAACCUCUUCGCAGCGGGCCACGACAACGGCUUGAUCGUCUUCAAGCUUGAGCGUGAGAGACCUGCCUUCGCUGUGCAUGACGACUCUGUCUUCUAUGUGCGGGAUAAGUAUGUACGCUCGUACGACAUCAACACCGGCUCGGAUCUCGUCUGCUCAGCGUCCGCAA